UAAUUGAAAAAGUGCGCAAUUUGCUAAUCAGUCCGACUUGGCGGGGCUAUAAAAGAGACCUGUUCGAAGCGAUUGGCAAGUUAGUCGUUGCAAUCACUCACAACAUGAAGCUGCUCUCGGUCGCAUUUCUUUUGGGCCUUCUGGCUCUGGCCAGUGCCACUCCCCUUAAUCCCGGCAAUGUGAUCAUCAACGGCGACUGCAGGGUUUGCAAUGUUCGCGGCGAUUAAUGCAUGGAUCUCAGGCGCAUUUUUUCUUUGUGACAAAAUGAAAUAAAAUAAGUUCACAGAAACUCA